AUGCCGUCCAAGGGGAAACGCCUCGUGGUAUGUCUCGAUGGCACAUGGGUCAACAGCGAUCAGGGAUAUAAUCGCCCCACUAUUCAUGAUCCAAAUUAUACGCUCCAAGUGCCUUCCAAUGUGACACGGCUCUAUCGGGCUCUACGAAAGAAGGGUCUAGAUGGAAUGAGCCAAGUUGUUUACUACCAUCCGGGUGUCGGUUCCACUGGGUCUGUCUCGGAUGAAAUCGCUGGAGGAGUCUUUGGCUCUGGUGUUAGCGAGAAUAUUAGAGAAGCGUACAGCUUCAUCGCGACAAAUUACGAAGCCGGUGAUGAGAUCAUUCUUCUCGGAUUCUCCCGCGGUGCAUUUACUGCUCGUAGCGUGGCUGGACUGAUCACUGAAAUCGGCCUUCUCACUUCCAAAGGAAUGGAAUAUCUCUAUCCGAUUUUCAAGGAUACUGAAAACUUCAGAAAUCCCGAUUACAAGGACAAAUUUCCCACGAUACCAUUUCCGCACAAGCCCCUCGAUCAAAGAGAGUACAAGCUGCGCCUUGAAGAUGAGGGCCUCACUCGCCUCUAUGAUCCCGACGGGUAUCGCAUCAAACAUGCCUUCCAAGCACUCGCUCUCGAUGAAGUCCGCACAUCAUUUGCUCCGGCCGUCUGGGAACGACCUCGCGGUGUCCAUACCGAUCUCCGACAAGUCUGGUUCUGCGGCGCGCACUCCAAUGUUGGCGGUGGUCUCCCCGACCAAGAGCUCGCCAACGUCUCCAUGGCCUGGAUGAUGGAUCAACUGGCCGAUCUUGGCGUCGCCUUUGAGGAGAAUACAAUCGAUCGAAUUUUCCAAGAAAGCGUCUGCUACUAUUACGACCAAGAGCAAGACGGGAGACAAACGAACGACAGCCCCAAACAAAAUCGAUGGAAGAAAUGGGCGCUUGAAUCCAUCUACGAGGAGCACAAGCCCGUACGGCCGUGGGGACUGGGCGAGAUCGUUCAACCUGAGGUUGGCUUCUACAAAUUAGCCGGGAAAACAACUCGCACGCCUGGCAUGUACCAUCGCAUCGAUCCCGACACUGCACUUCCUACAAGGGACUUUCUGGAGAACACACAUGAGCGUAUUCACCGGUCUGUACGGGUUCGACUCGCCCUCGAGGGGUUGAAUUACGAUGACGUGGGACUGUACAAAUGCCGUGCUCUUUUGCGGAAAGGACCGUGGCUACUUGAGAAAGUGCGGGUUAGGACACGCCGUGAGGUACGCGAUCGGGAUGCUUAUGGGGAUGAAGAGGACGUUAUUCAGCAGAAGGAGGAGUCUCGGUGGGGAUGGGUGUACGAUGGACCUGUAGAGGAGACGCCUCCGCAGGUGAUUUUGCUGGAGGAGGUAUUGGGUCCUCAUGAGAAGAAGCUGCUUUCUCUGAACAAAGGUCGGCCUUUCUACAGGGCCAUCUUAAGAGAAAACAGACGAUGA